GACAUGGGAAUGGGACCAUAACUCUAAAAAGUUCACAACCGGGUCUUAAGCUAUCAUCACUUCUUACCUUUUUCUAUGCUAUAUUCAAAUGUAACUGUAAUAAGACAGCAACAUACUGUACCAUAUACUGUUUCUGUCGAUGAGUUUGGAUCGAUUUGAAUCGUAGAUAACCGGAACACAAUCAGCCGGUUUACCAUAACAUACACAAUAAACCGGGCUUAUAUAAGAAAAUAACCGGAUUCUCUUUCCCGUGAUUGGUGGUGGUACUGUAUACCAAACAAGCGCGUGUGCUCUUCACUCUCUCACUCUUCUUCCUACUUCCAUUAAAAUCUCACCGCCUCUCUCUCACUCUCACUCUCUCAAGCUCAGAGAGUUCUCAAUCUCCUUCAACAAUGGUGAAACAAUCUCAACUUAAGUAUCUCACCAUCAUCAUCCUCCUCUGCUUAUCCUCCGCCGCCGAAUCUCAUCUCACCGUUGAUUUCUACUCCAAAUCAUGCCCUAAGUUCCUCGACAUAGUCCGCGAAACCAUCACCAACAAACAGAUCUCAACUCCAACGACCGCCGCCGCAGCUCUCCGCCUCUUCUUCCACGACUGUUUCCCCAACGGCUGCGACGCCUCCGUCCUCGUUUCCUCCACCGCUUUCAACACCGCCGAGCGCGAUUCGUCGAUCAAUCUCUCCCUCCCCGGCGACGGCUUCGACGUCGUGAUCCGCGCUAAAACAGCUCUCGAGCUCGCUUGUCCCAACACAGUCUCCUGCUCCGAUAUCAUCGCCGUCGCCGUCCGCGAUCUCCUCGUCACCGUCGGUGGACCUUACUACGAAAUCUCCCUCGGCCGCCGCGAUUCGCGAACGUCGAAAUCGUCACUCGUCUCCGAUCUCCUCCCGCUUCCGUCGAUGCAGAUCUCGAAGCUCAUCGAUCAGUUCAGCUCCAAAGGCUUCUCCGUUCAAGAGAUGGUCGCUUUGAGCGGUGCUCACACCAUCGGAUUCUCACAUUGCAAAGAGUUCACGAACCGGGUCAACCCGAAUAACAGUACCGGGUAUAACCCGAGAUUCGCUGAUGCUUUAAGAAAAGCUUGUUCGAAUUACAAAAACGACCCUACGCUCUCCGUCUUCAACGACGUCAUGACUCCGAACAAGUUCGACAAUAUGUAUUUCCAGAAUAUUCCGAAAGGUCUCGGGCUACUCGAGUCGGAUCACGGGCUAUUCUCUGACCCGAGAACCCGACCGUUCGUUGAGUUAUACGCGAGAGACCAGGAUCGAUUCUUUAAAGACUUUGCCGGAGCUAUGCAGAAGCUGAGUCUUUACGGUGUUUUGACCGGACGGCAAGGAGAGAUCCGGCGAAGGUGUGAUGCGAUCAAUUAAGAUUUGUUUUUUACGAUUUUGUGAGAGAUUUUGUAUUUUUGUUUUGUUUAUUUAUUUAAUUGUUUGGUGCGUUUAGAUGAAAAGUUUGAGAUUCUGGCUAAAAUUGAUCUAAGCUCAUGUGUUAAUAGUACUAUGAUUAAAAUUCAAAUAAUUACUUGUUUUGUCAUCA